GCACCAUUUACGCUCCACGUCGAGGACUUCCAUCUACUCUCCAUUAACAACCUUCACUUUGGUAGGAAGAUAUGGAUAGUAAUCCCGGAAGCAUCUUUCGACACACUCGAGCAAAAUCUACGGCAGCGAAUCGAUCGAGAGAAGGGCGACAUCUGUUAUCAGUUUGUUCGACACGCACCAACAUACCUUCCUCUUAACAUUCUUAAGCGAUAG